CACUUUUGUGAUACACUAUGAUAUUCAUAUUGGUAUUGGUAUAAUUAUCAAUAAAUAUUCAUGUCACUUAAUUAUUUCAUCUUUAAAUGUAGAUGCCUCGAGGAAAGUCCCACCGCCGAUCCGAAGCUGCUAAGAGAAGGGUGGAAGCAGUUGGAAUUGGUCGUGUAGGGAUACCCAAUGCCUCCAGCGAUUUUGUUUCACGGCGUGGUACCGGCUGGCGUCAUUCCGUGAAGCCAUGGCCAGCGAGUGUAGUGACUAACCACUGUCACAAGCUGGUCAUCCCACGGGCGCAUCCUGAUAAGAAAUUUAUCCUUCUCAUCGGAGCGUCCCAUUUGCGGUCCUUCGUGGACGGCAUUGUUGAGAUGCCAAGUGGCUGCCUACAGUUCGGCUUUAUGUCCACCCCUGGAGCCUGCGCAGCCGACUUGCAUCUUGAGGCAAUGAAAGCCAAUGUGCCUCGGGAGCCUGACGCCGUCUGCGUCAUGGGUCCUUCAAACGACCUUACGGCCAGUCUUACACCAGAAAAGGCGGGACAGGAAUUUGAGCGGUUCCUUUUGGCCGUCGGUAGUCGUUGGCCUAAGGUCUUUUGUAUCGGCUUUGUCCCGCGUUUAACCGAGUCUAGAGAGAAACAGUUAUUCUACCAGCAAGAAUUUCACCGCAGGUCAGCAAAGCUAGGAAUUCCUUAUUAUUCCACCGCUGACCACUUUCCUCUGGACCGUCUGAGUCUGUGGUGCCGUGAUGGCAUCCACCUAAGCGAUGACCACGGGAUGCACAUCCUCAGGGAUCUGAUUUGGAAUGCUGGUUACCAGUUCCUGGAGUUGGCAGAACCAAAACCACUGGUGCAGAGUCAGGCAACUCCUGCGUACAAACCGAGGGUGGUGCCCCGUGUGGUUGUGAAGGGCGUGGGGAGUCUUCCUCGUUCUCCUCCUGCUCCACACCCUUCUGAGUGGACAAUCGUGAGAUACGGCAGGAAGAGGAAUCACUCGGGGGAAUUGGACUCUGUCUCUGAUUCACCCAAGAAAAGAGUGGUUCAUUACCAGGUCCGUUAUGCUUCCGGCUAUUCAUGAAAUUGUCAAUGUCAAUAAUCGUUACUAAUUCAAAUUUUGCUUUUAUAGAGCGAUGGAACUCCUGUGGCUUUG